AUGUUGUCGCCUACUGAGUCAAGUGGCCCGUCACCACCCUCUCCAGACUAUCGAACGAAGGGCCAGAGCGAUGACAAGGAGCAUUUCCAUAUCCUUCCCCAGCUGCAGGCCAAAAGAGCCGACUUCCUCACCGUCAUGUUGACUGGGACGCUGCCUCAGCGUCGGGCCUUUGCCGCGCCGGAUGAGGAAGUCCCCGAACCCCCGGGGCCAAGAGACGACGAUGUGACGAAGAGCGAGUCCAACAGCGAAGCCAGUCAGAAAAGCACCGAACGUAGUCAGGACGCUGCGCCUUCCACGCUGAUGGCCGAGGACCAGAGGGGCCAGAGGGAGCACGCCUCGGCUGCCGACGCAGACCCCGACUUAGAGGAUGCAUCCAAAACCUUGGUUCUUUUCUCACCAGGAGACACUCGCAAGUCUCCCUCCGGUGGGGAUCACGUUCUCGAGGGCGAGUUGGCCACGCCGUGCGCGCUGAAUUCUCGUACCGACCGCCUCUUGGUCGGAGAGGCGAUUCAGCCCGAGUCAUCGGAAACUGGCCGCUUAUCCCCGGCCCUCAGGUCGGAUCUGAGGCCCUCCACCCCCAUCGCUCCCGCAUCGCCUCCUUUCACCAAAGUUGAGCGCACUUUCGUCCAUAUUGCAGAGACAUCCCACCUCAACGUCAUGUCUUCAAACGGUCACUCUGUGAAGGAGAGUGACCGGGAAGCCUUUUCUAUCGCAGUGGACUUACCUGUAGAGUACCAUGAACAGGAUCAAGCACCGGUGACAAAAGAGGCUCCCAAAGAAAAGGAGACGGUCGUAACUACGACAGUUGAUAAACACCCUAAAACUGAAACCUUUGUCCCCGUUGUCUCGGCCCAGUCUGGAGAGUCGGAGUCUGUCCUUGAAGCGAGCGCACCAGCUAAGGAACCGAAAGACCCGGUGAAAGACUCUGAGAAACCGCUUUCAUCCAGUGAGAAAACCAUGAAGGCUGAAUCACAGCAGCCACCAGCCGUUGUCGUCAAGCCCAGAAUCCGCAGUCGGAUCCCGGUGCUCAUCUCCGAGGAAGACACGGGCUCAGAGCAGUCUUCCUCCCUCUCCGCUCAGGCUCGUCUCCAGCAGCGGGCCCGGCAGCUGGACUUGGCGCGCAUGCUGGUGCAGAAGCAACAGGGUCGCUGGAUGAGGAGGAGAAUGCUGUCCGGGACCUCCUCGUCGUUGUCCUCCGGGGACGAUGAGCGCCGGAGGGCUUCGGAAACCUUAUCCACUGCGGGCUCAGAAGAGGACACGCACACCUCAGACGAAUCCAAGAGGAGUUUCCGCCUGAAACCAACUGAAGAGCAAGGCUCCAAAGAGUGCAGGAGCAAGAUCCCCAGACCUGUCACCCCCAUAAGAAGGUCUUCAAAGGGACUUGCGCCUGCUGCUCCCUCUCCGCUCUCCCUACCAGACUCCAUCAAUACUAAAGGGAAAUCCUCCAUUAUUAAUGGUACUCUCAGCUCCCAGCAGAAAUCAAAGCCGUCCAGGUCCUCCUCCUCAUGUCCUCGUCCGUCAGCUGCCUCCGCCGCCCCCGGCAGCCCCCGAAUGCCCCUCCAUGUCCUGUUCGGAACCCGACGCAGCCUUAGCUCCAACCACUGCAGGACUGACAGCCCCUCUCCUCAGAGAGCAUGUCCUUCCCGGCAGCCCCUUAGCGUCCGAGCCCCGACCGUCCCCAUGCUACCGCCUAGGACUACAACAACCAUGCGGCGCAGCGCCUCACAGGAAGCCACCACCACCGCCGCCGCCACCGCCAGGACCCGGCCAAAACCAGUGAGCGUGGCUAAGGGGAAGUCAGCUAACACGGAAAAGGUGGCGCCCGCUAGAUAA